AGUGUGUAAAACACGAGCAUUGAGUACCAUUCUAUGAGAGAGUGGAGUGAAACAUGUAAGGGAGUGUUGUGAGGUCCUUUUUAUUCUUCUGUUUCUAACAUUUGUCACAAGUUUCAAUCAUGUCAAGUGGUGAUGACAAAUCAACCACUAGAGGCCACCAUGUGGAUGAAUCCUUCAUGCUCAAAGUAAUGCAACAACAAUUUCAUAGGCUGGACAUCAUGUUUGGUGAGAUUAAAGACAAAAUGGAGAAGCAAGAUGCAGCGAUAGCCAAGUUAUACCAAACACAAAAUGGAAGUCUAAAUUUGCGUAAGAAUGAUGCGAAUGAUGAUUUCGAUGACGAUUAUAAUGAUGCAUUCAACAAUGACGCCCAGAACUCAAAUUUCAGCAUGGACAGAUUUAUGAGAGGUAGAGGGGGUCAAAGACAUAGAUUUAACAAAGGAGACCAAAAUCUGGCAAGGUGGGGAGAUCAGCAAGAUCAUGACUUAGGCAGCAUCAAGAUGAAGAUUCCUCCGUUUCAAGGGAAAAAUAAUCCAAAUGUGUAUUUGGAGUGGGAAAAGAAGGUGGAAUUGGUGUUUGAUUGCCAUAACUAUUCUGAGGAGAAAAAGGUGAAACUAGCAACGGUGGAAUUUACUGAUUACGCUGUGGGCCUUACUCAAGGGUCCAAAAACAUUGAGGAUUAUCACAAAGAGAUGGAAAUCGCAAUGGUUAGGGCGAAUGUCGAAGAGGACAGAGAAGCAACUAUGGCACGGUUUCUGCAUGGUUUAAAUCGUGAUAUAGCUAAUGUGGUGGAACUGCAGCAUUAUGUGGAAUUAGAAGAUAUGGUGCAUAUGGCGAUGAAAGUAGAACAACAACUCAAGCCUAAUGGAAUUGCGGUAGAUGAAGAAAAGAUUAAGGCUAAAGAAUGGCCAACACCUAAGAAUUUUUCUAAGGUGUGGAGUUUUCAUGGUUUGGUGAGUUUCUACUGGAGAUUCAUCAAGGACUUCAGCACAAUUGCAGCUCCAUUGAUUGAAAUCGUGAAAAAAAGUGUUGGAUUUAAGUGGGAAAGUAUUAGCAUUGGCGCUGUUUUGAUGCAAGAGCGACGAACUGAGCAAUAUGCAAAUCAGGCCAACAAAGGGUGUAAGAAAGUUGUGUUUGAACCUGGAGAUUGGGUUUGGGUGCAUAUGCGGAAGGAGCGAUUCCCUGCACAAAGGUAUUCUAACUUGCAACCAAGAGGCGAUGGACCAUUUCAAGUGAUUGCAAGGAUAAACGACAAUGCAUACAAGUUGGAGCUUCCUGGUGAUGAUUUGAGGACAAAUCCUUUUGAGGAGAGAGGGAAUGAUGGGAAUCAAGAUGACCCCACAUGUAUCACGUCAAGAGAUCCAUUACAUAUUCCAAGAGGUCCAGUCACGAGAGCUAGACCUAAGAAGAUGCGAGAAGCUUUAAAUGGCCUUAUUGAGCAGAUCUGGGUUGAUAACAACAUGCACAAGUAAAUCAAAGCUUGGAUGAUUGUCAAUGCAUGAUAAACAUUAUUCAGGUUGAAGAAAAGCUUAAUUGAGGUCAUUUGUGCUAAAUUACACAGUUUGCAUCAAUCUCGCAAUUCUGUCGCAAUUUGUAACAAACUGAUAUUUCAUGU